CCGCAAAGAAACAUCCUAAACCCAUUUGUUUUGGUGUGAUUUUGGGAACCUGACAUCCCAUGGCAGAAAACAAUCUUGACGUAGCAAAAACCAUACUGCCGUCACAAUGCGGCCUCAAAUAUCACUGCCGCGUCCCUCGGAGGCUGACGUUGAGACCCAGCCUCUCCUAUCCACUUCGCAGAGCUACGACCCCAGAGACUCCUCCCCCGAGCAGCGGUCAGCCCGGCCCACCAGCAUUCGAUCAGUCCCUUCUACCCUCAGAGCCCUACUACAAGCCACCUGGCCGGUCUCGCUUCUGCUAGCCAUCGUUCUCGCGGUCAUGUGGGCCCUGUACCUCGUCGCCUGGGUGGCGCCCCGGGCGCUGAACCCGACGCCGCCCAGCGCGGAGCAGCGCGCCCGGGACGCGGAGUGGGUCUCGGGCUCCCCGUACUGGGCCGACCGGCAGGCCUGCCGCUGGCUGAGCCUCUGCGGCGUCCACCACCUCCGCUGGGACCCGCCGGCCAUCGAGGGAGGCGGCGCUGACGAGCGCCCGCGGGGUGGUGCUGGAGAAAGUGGCAGAGGGAGAGAGAGGGCAGGCUUCCGACGACCAAGGGCAAAGGUGGCGGGUAGCAAAGGUGCAAAGCAGGUGCCCGAAUACGUGCUGCGACACGCCCCGUUAGUUCAUCUGCACUCCGGGGAAAGCUUUUGGCCCGCGAGCGUCGAGGAACACCUGAGGCACAUGCGCCCUGUCAAUCACACCGCGCCGGGUAGCAAUAACGGUGAUGGCGGUAGUUCUCAUGCCCUCUUGAACCUGACGAGUCUAGACUCCCUCGACGCCACCCACGGCGGCGCAGUGUACCUCACGAGCACAGAAGACGUGGAGACGCGGCCGACCUGGCUAACCAGCCGGGGCGGCCUGCCCAGCAGCACCGACGGCGAAAACAUGGGCCGCUCGACGGCGCCCGCCGUGCUCGUGCUCGUGGAGAAGGAUACGGACGACGACGGGCCGGUCCUGGACGCCUUCUGGUUUUUCUUCUACAGCUACAACCUCGGGCAGACGGUGCUCGGCGUCCGGUUCGGCAACCACGUGGGCGACUGGGAGCACUGUAUGGUGCGCUUCGUGCGCGGCGAGCCGACGGCCGUGUUCCUGAGCGAGCACGAAGGCGGGCAGGCGUACGCGUGGCGGGCGCUCGAGAAGGCGGCGGCGGAGGGCGACAACAACGGUAGCAGCCAGCACUCGCGGCCGUCGGGGGGCGGCGGCGGCGGCGACAGGCCCGUCGUCUACUCGGCCGUCGGCAGCCACGCCAUGCACGCCACGGCCGGGAGCCACCCCUACGUCCUGCCCUUUGGCAUGCUCAAGGACGUGACGGACGAGGGGCCGCUGUGGGACCCGGCCAGGAACGCGUGGGCGUACUGGCACGAGCCGCCCGGCGGCGAGGACGAGAGCGCCUUCAAGCCCGCCGCGCCGAUCGGCGGCGAGGCGGCGCCGGCACCGGCCGGCUGGCUGGGAUUCAGGGGCCGCUGGGGCGACGAGCUGUACGGCCUCGACGACGGGCGCCAGUGGCGCCUGUUCAACCAGUACCACUACGUAAACGGGCCUGCCGGGCCGGCAGACAAGCACCUUGGGCGGAACGCGAUGUGCCCCCAGUCGAGGUGCAAGGUACUGGAUAGUCUAGAAGUUGGGAGGAAGAGGACGUGGUAUACAUAGAGC